AGCAGUAAUCUCGUAACCAACAAAAUCGCUCACAAGAAAAAAUAAGAAAAAGAGAAUCCUCUUCGUUUUCUUCCCAAGUCGCCCUCUCUCCUCGUUCCCGUAGCUUCGCCGUGCCGCAACGAGGAGACGAGGCCUCGCAGGGGAAGCUCGCCGUCAUGAUCUCCGCGGAGAGGAGCCAGUCGCAGAGCCCGCGGUCGCCCGGGGCGGCGGCCGGGGCGCCGUUCCUGUCGAUCUGCGUCACGGAUCCCGUCAAGAUGGGCACCGGCGUCCAGUCCUACAUCUCCUACCGCGUCAUCACCAAGACUAACCUACCUGAAUUCGAGGGAGCAGAGAAAAUUGUUAUCCGACGCUAUAGUGAUUUUGAGUGGCUGCACGAUCGGCUAGCUGAGAAGUACAAAGGCAUUUUUAUACCUCCUCUUCCAGAGAAGAAUGCAGUUGAGAAAUUCCGGUUUAGCAAAGAAUUCAUUGAAUUGAGGCGCCAAGCUCUGGACCUAUUCAUCAACAGACUAGCUUCACACCCUGAACUUAAGCAAAGCGAAGAUUUGAGGACAUUUUUGCAGGCAGAUGAAGAGAAAAUGGAUAGAGCAAGGUCUUAUGAGACUGGUAUAUUUAAGAAGCCGGGAGAUUUCAUACAGAUGUUUAAGGAUGUACAGUCAAAGGUCAGUGAUGUUGUUCUGGGAAAAGAAAAGCCAGUGGAAGAAUCUACUCCUGAAUAUGAGAAGCUUAAACAUUAUAUAUUUGAGCUAGAAAAUCAUCUAGCAGAGGCCCAGAAACAAGCAUUUCGCCUUGUAAAAAGGCACAGAGAACUUGGGCAAUCUUUGGCGGACUUUGGGAAAGCGAUUAAGCUUUUAGGCGCCUGCGAAGGGGAUUCGUUGGAGAAGGUGUUUUCUGAAGUUGGUUCGAAGUCAGAAAUGUUGUCAAUAAAGCUGCAAAGAGAGGCAGACAACCUUCUCUUUAACUUUGAAGAACCUUUGAAAGAUUAUGUGCGUGCUGUGCAGUCAAUAAAGGCCACUAUGCUUGAUCGAGCCAAUGCUUUCAGGCAGCACUUUGACUUGGACCAGGAGAGGAAGUAUAAAGAGCUUAACCUUGAAAAGAUGAAGUUCAUGAACCCUGAGAAGUUUUCCGAGUCGGAAACUGAGUUCAGUGAGUUGAAAGCAGCCAGUGAGGAGGCUACGAAGAGGUACGAGCACAUAGUUAGUGUAAUGAACGACGAGCUUGCACGAUUCCAGGAGCAGAAAACAGCUGAUAUUGGACUUGCAUUCCAUGAGUUUGCGAAAGGUCAAGCAAAGUUAGCUAAAGACAUCGCUGAUGCGUGGCGCAGCAUCCUCCCAAAGCUAGAGGCGUGUUCCAGUUCAUAAUCGAAACUGUGUUUGCCCGUUGUGUUUGAGAUAGUGGUUGGCCCUUUGAGUUUUAGGCUGAUUUUUUCCAGCCCAAUUUGACAGUGGUUCAUGUAUACUUAAAAGUGACGGUUGGCAAUGCUCCAGUUGUUAUAUUGACAUGUUUUCUUUACCGUGUGCGUGUGUACUCUGUAACUCAAAUUUUCGACCAAUUAGUCUAACUGUUGAAGUCCUUCAGGAAAUAUUAUAUUAUGAAUAAAGAGAAGACAGUGGAGUUGUUUAGCAUUA